AUCAACAGUCCAUUUCAGAGCUCGCGGGGCGUAGAAGUGUUCGUGAAUUUGCCGACCAGAAUAGAUCACAGAACUGCCCUGAAUCAACCCAAGCUUGAAUUCUAUGAGCAGGGUUUUUUUUUUCAUCAGGAACCGGGAACACGGACAGAUAACAGAUUGACACCUCUUGCGAUGCUCGCAGCGACUUGCAGCAGAAUAGGACAACAAUCCCCGCAACCCGUAACUGACGUGACAAGCAUGGCUAAAGGUUUCUACCAUUGGAAACAACCGAAUUCCCUUCCUAUCCAGCGCGGAAGACCGACCGAUGGUGGCUUGUAUUCCAAUCUGUCGUCCGCCUUUAUGCCAACCAGCGAAUCUUUAAGCGUUCAAAAUCACGACAGUUUCCUCACCAAUCCAAGCUAUACAACAGGACACAAUUCGCUCACAGAUCCAUUAGCUAUCGCCUCGGCGAGUCGAGUUCAUUCUGCUUCUGUCGAAGCAUCAAUUUACCCAGCACGGAUGCCGCAUCCCUACGAAAGCUCGCCUUGGUUUAAACCACCUUUAGAGCCCCAUUCACAGGCUUCAGCUCGGCAGGCGUUCUGGGAAGUACACAGUAAACCCCCCUGGCUCGACUCAGCCGUAUCAGGCAGCUCUUUUCAUCCAACGUUAAGCCAUUUUACAGGACUGCCGCAUGAAUACUCUACAGGAAGUUUACCUAUUCCUGCUGCGGUUUCUGUGGCGAGUCAUCCGCAUUUUCUACCCCCUCCCUGCCUCGGAUCCGAUCCUAUGAAAGCUUCUCUUCCAACGUACAUAGAUGGACCUUCUUACUUUUCAGGGACGACAAGUUUAUUGCCUUCUACGCAGAGUGUGGCAACGAGAGCGACCCGACGCUACACUGGUCGCGCGACCUGUGAUUGCCCCAACUGCCAAGACAACGAGAGACUAAGUGCGGCCGGUGCACCUUUUAGGAAAAAGACUCAACACAUUUGUCACAUUCCGGGAUGCGGUAAAGUGUACGGGAAAACCUCACAUCUUAAAGCUCAUCUCCGCUGGCAUACUGGCGAGCGACCAUUUGUGUGUAACUGGUUGUUUUGCGGAAAGAGAUUUACUCGAUCCGACGAAUUGCAGAGACAUUUACGAACACACACUGGCGAGAAACGAUUCGCUUGCCCCAUCUGUAAUAAACGUUUCAUGCGAAGUGAUCACCUGGCAAAACACGUCAAAACCCAUAACAAUGAGACGGUGAAGAAAGGGGAGUCAGAAAAGGGAGAGAAAGAAGAUGAGAAAGCCACUAACGGCGCUGACAUUGAACGCUCUUGUAACCUGUCUGAAAAUGGCGAAAGUAACAGCUUGAAGGUUGCCUAGCUUGUCAAAGCUAAAGAGUAGUAAGACGUUACGAUUUUACUGAUAAAAUGUUUUUUCUUUUAAGCUAUUACGCUCUUCCUAAGACAGGAAAGCUUUGAAUUCAUGAAAGCAAAUUUAUCAUUUGAAACCUUUGUGAACUCGGCGAAGACGAGAUAGCGGUAACGUUGUACAUGUUCGCUUGACGUCGGCGCGAGAGGGUAAAGGUAUAAAAUUUCCAAGUUCAAACUUGUUAAAAUGAAACACUCACAUAUGGUUCUCACGGCUGAGAUUGAUUGUGGAUUUAUAAUCUUUGUAAAGAGACUUCAAUUCUGAUCGAAGUUAUCUUUCUUGAUGAACUAAACAUUGUCUAGUGAACGGAGCAACAAAGGACAAUUUAUUACUUGUUUGAAAUAGGGAAAGAGAGAACAUUUUUAUGCUAUCAAAAUGACACAUUUUGAGCCUUGUUCAAUUGUAUUUAAAUACUGUAUAUUGGAAGUUAUUUAAUUGAACAAGCCUUCAAAGAUUCAGUCUUUGAUAUUUACCAUUAAGUUGUACAUAAAACCUAUGAAGCAAAGCUGAACCUUGAAACUAAAUUAAAAAGAGAGAGAGAGUACUGUUACAAUUGAAAAGA